UGGGACGACCCUCCAAACCCAGAUGUUACCGGACACCUCAUUUAUGACACCGCAGUAUCCCUCUUCAAGCACUGGCCUAAUACCUACCACCGCAAUGGGCAUACCGUCGUACCUGUUACCGUCUCACCGGGCACUCUAUUGUAUCACGGGCGGAACGGAAACCAUUCUCCCAAAACCCCCCCAGAAGGAGCCGAAUGGCUCUCAUUCGACCUCGAGCACGCGCUCUACUUCGCUUCUUUCCAGGGAGAACUGUACACCUACACCCCCUCCCGCCCGAUAAGGCUGUUGUACUUCGACGGCUCCUCCGCUGCUCCCAUCCCCACAGGUACGUUGGACAGCCAGGACGUGCUGGUAUACGGUAAUGUGAGCAGGGAAUGGCACUGGGACCCGUUUGUGAGGAUCGGGCAGCUGUGCGAGUGGGCGAAGGCGAACGAGUUGGACGGUUUCCUCCGAAUGGGAUUCGAUUUCGAGAUAAUGCAUUGCAACUUCUCAUCUUCGCUCACCCUAAUCUCCUCUAUAGACGUGCUUCCCGUCGCACCGCCCGCGUCGGCAGGAUGGGCAGGAUCCCUCCGUUCUCCCCAUGCCCUGGCUGCCGAAGCGCUCGCCGCCGGGAACUGGCACAACGUCGUCCCCCUUCCCGGGGUGAGAAUAGACUAUUCCAAACUGCUCAGCUUCUACGACCCGAGGUACAGAAGCCUCUUUCACCUCAGGAGAGGUCAAGAUAGGGCGAUGCACAGGCUGCUGAACAUCUCUUCCCAAGAUGUGGAGCUCUUCAUGCAUGACCUCACCGACGUCCUUCGCCGGCCCGCAGUCGCAGCCGGAGUAGGCAAGGUCAACUGGGAAGGGCUGAUGCGCAAUCUCCGCGAGCGCUAUGCUGACCGCCUGCCCUAUCUCCAACAUCUCCUCCACGCCGCAGACGCAACCCCUCCAACCACGGAGACGCCCGAAGAAGACCGACAUCAGAGUCUGAGCGCGCUGGUAGCCGACGUUCGCCAGCAGAUACUGACCAUGCUCGCCCCGUACAUCUCGCCCUCCUCCGUAACGCUCUACCCCUCCGGUCACCUGCCCAACUCCUGGUUCUCUACCACGCACGCCCGAUGCGCGGCGGCACACACUCAGCACCUUCAUGCGGAGGAGCUCACGGCCCAAGAACGACUCCUCCAGCAGUCGAUAGCACAAACGCACGCAGAGAUCUGCCGCGUCCUCCUACUCCUCUUCCAAACUGCAUACACAGCCGAGUCCUUUCCCAUCGCCCACCAAUUCCAGUUACUCACAACUUGGUCCUCUAAGGUCGACGAACUCCUGGAAUGGCUGGAUUGGGGAGAAUGGCAGAUUUGCCGUCCGAUGUGUGGGGUGGACGAGGUUUGCGCGCUGAAACAGUGGCCGUUUGAGGUUGGCAGGAAUGGGACUGACCGGUCUGGGCCGCCCAGGUGCGAAAGUAGG